UUCAUGCAGCGAUCCGCCGGCAAAAACGCGACUUCGGAACCCUCUACGCCCAACGGUCCACCUUCGAAAAAGGUGCGCUUGUCGAAUGGUGCCUCGGCGCCCGGUACACCUGAUAGCCCGUUGGCUCAUACAACCCCGAUGUCGGCUGAGGAUCGAAAGCGCGAGGAGAUGGAAGCGCGUAUUGGAGAGAGGCUUGGUGAGACAAAGUGGGUGUUGAGUUUCAAGAAUCCGUUGCCCGCCGACGGAGCGCAGGCAAUGCAAGUCAGACAAGCGGGUUUUGCAGUUAUUGACGCCGAGGAAGAUUCCGAAGACGACGAGGAGCAGAAACCCGUACGAAUGCAAUUUGGAGGAGGCGUGAAAAAGAGACAGGUGAAAACCGCAGCAUCCCCAACAGCAGGGGGCGAAGAUCAGGACUCGGACGACUCGGACGACUCGGAAGGCGAAUCCGACUCCUCUGAAGACAUGAGUUCGGAUGAGGAUCCCACAGCAGCGCUCAUCCGAGAAACGAAACGCGAGGUAGCCGCAAAGGAGCGUGAUGCUCGGAACGCAAAGAAAACAGCCAACAAGGCGUCACGUCGUUCUUCGGGUGUCCAAAUCGACGAGGACAUGGACCUCGGCGGCCUAUCCAGCUUGUCUGGAGGCGGUCGAGCCACAGUAGACGAUCGAGAGUGCUUCAAGUGCGGCCAAAAAGGUCACGUCAAAGACCAAUGCCCUCGAGGCCGACCUGCUCUGCGAGGUACCGCUGGCCGGGGCAGGGUCAGAGGCAAAAGCCGCGAUGGCCGACGUUAA